UCUCACAGUUAAAAGUUUAGUUCUGCGAACUGACUUAAUUCGUAUUUUAUUUACCAUUGUGAUUGUGAUAAACGCGUGCGAAAAACAAAGACUUUCCAAUUACCUGCGAGCACAAACGGUUCUCGAGCGAAAGUGCGAGUGGCAUAAAUCCAGCGGAAAACGGGCUUUCCAUUUGAUUUGAUUUGAUUGUGAAAGCGCAGCAAGAUUUGUCAACGCAAACAAGCAAGAAGAAGAGCUCGCGGACAGCGUAAUAUUUGUUAAUAAUAAUAGCAGCGAGCAGAGAGCAACAACAACAUUGCGGAAGCAGAAUCUUCGACUUAUCGCGUAGCCCGUUUCCGUCGGAGGGCUAAAAAUAAAAGCCACCCACGCUCCCCGCCCCUAAACGCGCCACCCACACCCCGCCCACCGUCCACCCACACCCACGCACAAUUUUGGAGAGGUGAACUUGUGUUGACUUUUCCAGCGCGCGGACUUUUCCGGGAGGAAAAUGCAAAAAUGAGUGUUCGAGCAGCCAGCAGACAACUGGGAAUUUGCGAACCGGAGGCGCCUUGAAUGAGAGUCCUUAGCCCGACAUGUCAGAUUUCGUGCCGCGCGACCUCCUCCCCGAUUUGUGGGAGGAGAUACUCCGGCGCCACUGGUUGUUCCUCGAGAUGGAGGACAGCAUGCAGAAGCUCGAGGAACGCAAGCAGCUGGAGGGCUGCCUAAAGGAGUUUCUGUGCGUGGUGCAGCACGAUCGCAAGUUCUUCCUCCCGGAAACCGGGCAUGUCCUGCGGCGAUCCGUGCGCGAGCUGCCCGACUUUUCGGCCCAGAACGCCCUCGUUGCCUUCGAGACCAUCAGCCAGUAUGCCAACAACCUGUUCACAAAACCCUGGCGGAAGGAGUAUCGCACUCUCAAGACCUAUUCGGGAUGCUUCCAGCACAACAUCCAACCCCGCCUGCUGGACGCCGAGCAGCUCUUCCUGGCCAUGGGCUAUCGCAGGGUUUCCGAUGACACCUUCGUCCUAGAGGGUCCCAUCUGCCCGGACCAGGUGACGAAUGUUUCGCGCGACGCCAUGGCCGCCUACGUGGAGUGCCAGAUCAUGAAGCACAUCUACGCCGGGGUGGCUGCGGCGGGAUACACCUGCACUUGGAAGGACAUACUGCAGUAUCGCGAGCGAAUUGUUGGCGGCACUUCGAGGACCAUCAAGGAGAUGGUCAGCCAGUUGAGUGAGAAACGGAUGCGCAAGGAUCAGCCGCCGGCUGUGCAGGAGAAUACCUACAGCAAUGUGGCGACAGUUGCGCCAUCCAAUUGCGUUCUCCAUGGCAGCAACCAGGCUCAUCAUACCAGCAGCACCGGCAGUUGCGCCCUGCACCCGAAUGGGAUAAACGAGGGGGUAAAGUAUAUGCCACCGUAUCCAGCGCUACCGCCGCAGCAGCCGCAUCUUCCGAGUCCGCUGAUGACGCAUUCUCGCAGCUUGGAGCACUACCAGGAGCCGCACGCUCUUCUGCCGCAUCGGCACUCCUUCGACCAGCAGGUCCAGCAGCAGUGUCAGCUGCCUCACGUCUACGAGGCGCCCUACGAUUGCCUGGAUGGCCUGAGCAUGGGCAGCACGGCCUCCUACGCGGCUGUGGCUGGGGCCUAUAAUGCUCCGGGAAACCGCUAUCCGCUGCCGUUCAACAUCUCCAGCCACCUGAAUGCACCUUAUACCGCACCCGCCGAUGUGUACGGAAGUGGUGACCACCCCAAUUUGUACGCCACUUUGGAAAAAACUGGCCCGGCUCAUAGUUGCGAUUUCCAUCGGCGUCAGCCGAGUACUUCUGCAGCUGCUGCCGCCGCUUUGGCAGCCAUGCAGCAUCGGCAGAGCACCUAUCCGCCCGACCACCAUCUGAUCGACUUUGACGAGCGGGCGCAUCUCACCCAGCACGAUUUUGGGACGCAUGACUACGAUCCGCAGUACGCCGAAUUGAGGGGCCAGGUGCAGCCAAGUAUGCGCUCCAAUCCGGCUGCAAUGUAUGCCACAUACGGGGGCUACGAUCUGCCCACCACGUUGCCUCAAGCGCCACCGCCAACGGCCCAGGACAUGUACAUCUACGCUCGACCGGUGCCCAAGAGCAGCCGGAUGCGAGCCCUGGCCGAGGCAGGGGGCAUAAACCCGACUGACAAGCAUCCGCGAUCAGCGGAAAAGCAGAAUACCAUGGACAAUAAUCGCAAGAUGCACAAGGAAUUGAAAGAACGGGGUAGUCGAACGGCUCCUGCGAAGAGAUCGGGCAACGAACGUGAUAUACCCACCACCAUUUCCGACAUGAACAGCUACGAUUCGGCCAGCCUGGAUGGCUUUGGGACCCUGGACAGCGCGUCGCCACCUCUGAUGCCCAAGGUUCAGGAGGGUGUAGGCAGUUUCGAGUCUUGGAACUAUGUAUUUAAGAACCUUGAGCGUUCGGGCUACACCAAGGACUUGGGCGACCGCGAGGACUUGCUCGUUCAGAGCCUGGACCUCGACUCGCUGGCCAUAUCGAAUGGCGGAGCGGCUGCUCCUCCGGCGGAAAAGAGGCGCGAGGCCACAAAACCCACGAAUGGCGAGAAGGCACGCACGCUGGAGAAGAAAUCAGGGACUAGUCGACGCGAGGCCAAGGUGGUGCAGGCCCCAGCGCCAAGUCCACUGCCCAAUAGUAGCAGUGCCGGCGUGAAGAAGGUCAAGUCCGCUUUAAAGACGGCCGUCGUGGACAAUCGGGGAACAGGAUCGCGGCAUCGCACGGGAGCUGUGCCCAAACAACCGCCGGCCGUGUCCCCGCAGCUGAUUGUGACCAGUCCGAACGAGUGGAGCUGCAGCUUCUGCACCUUCCUCAAUCCGGACACCAAGCGCAUCUGCGAGAUGUGCUGCCGCAGCAAGGACUUCAAUCUGGAGGCCGCCUCGGCAGCUUCCUCCUCGGCUGCUGCAGCUGCAGCAUCGGCGGCCAGUGUGUCGCACGCAUCGUCGACCUGCGUCUAGGAUGCAGUUCCCGUGCAUCUGAACCCCUCGUUAGUGAUACAAACAGUGUAUAGCUUGAUAUAUUUUUUAUACGACCAAUGUAAGCCUGUGCGCGUGUCUCCAAGAUCUAGUCUCGUAGUCGUCGUACGAUGGCAGGCAACCCUUUGCUGUCCGGAUCCGUACUCCUUGGAUCAGAACGGAUGGCGCUGUACAUACGAAGUAUUCUAAUUAGUUACCCCUACUUGUAAACACACGCUUUAAUUAGUUUUAGAUUGUUUCCCCAUUGUUAAGGGCGCUUCUGUUUCAAAUUACGUGCCUCCCUGUAUAAGUCAUCUAUAUAUAUAUACAACACAUAUAGACAUUUAUAUAUAUUUGUACGUGUGCAUGCGACGCGGAAAGCGAGAGAGUGAAAUUUGAACUUGGAAAUUUUCUAGGAGAUCAACUGAUAAUUAUAUACCUUAUACUAAUAGUUGCAUUCACAAUACGUAUUUCCGACAGUACAUCAGAGUACAUAGCUGUUCUAUACCGAAACUUGCAUAGAUAAUACACACCUAUAGCCGUAACAUAAGCGAUUUCAAUUCGAGGAACAGAGCUAAGCGCAAUGCAAACAUAAAUAAAUCGAACAGAACUGGUACGGGUUGUAAACUUGAAA